AUGCAAUUCCAAUCUUUAUUAGUCAUCGCCGGUGUUUUAGCUUCCUCCGUUUACGCUUACGCUAACGAAACUGUUACUCAAUACGAAACCACUUUACUUACUAUCACUUCUUGUUCUGAAAACAAAUGUGAUACUACUGUUACCCCAGUUAUCCCAUCUGUUGCCACUGUCACUGUUCAAGGUUUCGUUACUGAAUACACCACUUACUGUCCAAUCACCGCUGAAGAAGAAGCUUCUCCAGCCUCUUCCCUUGCUGGUGAAUCAGUUGUUUCUUCUUUAACCGAAACUGUUGUUACUGAAACUGUUUCUGGUGUUGAAACUAUUUACACUACUGUUUGUCCAUUGACUGAAUCUACCACCAAGAAAGCCGAAGUUGAAACUGCUUCUAGUGAAGAAAUCUCUUAUGUUGAUCUUACCACUACUCCAGUUGUUUCAUCUACUGUUGAAGCUGAAGAAACUGUCUAUGCUCAAUCUACUUUGUUCACUUCUUAUGCUUCUAACGCUUCUUCUAUCGCUAACGUUUCCACUUAUGAAGGUGCUGCUAACGCUAACAACAUGGCUGUUGGUUUUGCUGCUAUUGCUGGUUUGGCCGCUGUCUUAUUGUAA